CACAUCUAUAAUUUGCAAACACAAACUUGUCCAGCAAGGACUCAAGUUCGUUCCUUCCACCGUAGAGGUGCGGCGCGACUAGCACAUGAAUUUUCAUUGAAUUGUUCAAGUCAGUUAUCAAGUUCAAACUUAAGUUAAAGUUUCAGUUAUAUCGCUAGGGGCCCGCUCAAUGGGUCCAGGACUUCACCGUCCUUGGUAUGCCACAAUGCGAUUUCAUGUUACAGUUAAGGUUGCAACCUAUUCGCCAGGGGCCCGCUCAAUGGGUCCAGGACAUUAAAGUCCUUGUUUCAGGUAAUUGACGUUGGAGACGCGUGGAGGGUCGAAUGGGCACAUCAAGUCAUUUCGCAAAUAGUUAAUUUUAAUUGCAAUGGCAUCUAAGCAUCUAAUGCUUUACUUAGUAAAGUUUUGUGUUUUAAAUUGAUUUCAAAUUAUGAUUGAAUUAAUAGUUAAAUAUCUUCAUGGCUUGUUUAUGUCAUGAUUUGGGACAAUGUGUUGAUUGUUGACUUUAAAUCAAAGUUAGUAUUUGAGUAUAUUAUUUAAAAGUUAGUAUUUUCUUAAAAUCGUUUUAAAAAGUGUUUUAAAUUUAUUUAAAAGUGUUUUAAAGAUUUAUAUCGUUUAAAGGUUUACAUUAUUUAAAUUAUUUUUUUGAAUAUAUAUGUACACAUAUAUACAUAUAGACUUCCGCAUUAAAUAUUUAUUUAAAAAUUUAGAAUAACACCUUAAUUAGAUUAGGGUGUUACACUUUUGCUCCUUAUUUUCCAACAAAUGAUGAGCAGCUCAUUCCCUCGGCUCCAGCCACUAAAGCUGAUCAUUCCACUUCUCAUCAAGGAGCUUCUUCUUCACAGAGGCAACACAGGGCACUGCAUGUUCCUCCAGAGCUCCCUGUUGAAUUUAUUGAGAACCCACGCAAGCCCAGAAUCGUCAGGUACGAUUCUGAUGAAGAAACUGAUAGCUGGAUCACUGAAUGGAAAGGAAGACAACCUCACAAGGUUACCUUCAAGAUUCCAGAAGGCACAAAAGAUCCGAUCCAAGCGUUAUUGGAUGUCAUCUCUGAUCAGCAACUGGAGAUUGCGACACUCAAGCAUGAGCGAGAACGUCAAGACAUUUAUGGCACAAAAUUUCUCAAGCAACUGAUCGCAGUUGAAAAAUAGGCGACUACCGACAUGAUUGACCACGAUGUUCGCCUAAAAAUCUUGCCCACAGGAUUAACGAAUAACGUAUCAAGCACCUCAGAUAUGUUGAAGAAAUGAUCCCUACUCAGACCAUUGUGCCGAUAUUGCAAAAGAACUUCAAUGAUCUUCACAGGCACGUGUUGGAUGAUGAAGUCCAAUCUAAACAACAGAUUCUGGACACUCAACAUCGCCUUGAUAGUCUCCGCAUCAAAUUUCUCAAGGAAUUCAUGACUACCACUGAUGCUAAACUUCUUGUUGCCGAAGAGCUCCGUCCUCUCACUAUCAAAAUUGCUCAACUGGAAGGCGAGAUCAACAAUGUUCAUAAUUCAUCCGAUUCUGCUCUCAUCCAGAUGAUGCUCACUGAUAUCCAGGAGCUCCAACGGAAAGUUAGCUCUAUCCCUGGUGAUGAUGCCAAAAAGGGGGAAGAGUAUUUGGAUGAUCGUGCUUCUACUGAUCUCCCAGCUGAACUUGCACAGGCCUUUGCCAAAUCCAAGUCUCUCGUUUUACAUACGGCUCAUGCUCCCUCAGUAUCAGGGGAGUACAGCAGAAAGAUGCCUAGAGAAGAAAGUUCAUCCAGAGUUCCUGAACCUAAAGCCAAGAAAGCUCUCAACCUUGGUGACAAUGCUCCUCAUCCACCUCCCACUCUCAGUCUGCAAGAGGAACAACGAAUGAGACACUAUGUUCAAGAAGGUCUUCUAGUAUCCUAUCUGGACAGAUUUGAAGGAAAAGAUCUUUGGGUACCCGCUGAUUUAAAUGAUUGGUGGGAAAAGCUAAAGGAAUGUUAUACCAAGUGGAUAGUCUUUGCUAAUCUGAAUCGGUCUCCUGAUGUUCAAAGAGAAGCCUGGAGAUACUUCCUAGUCAACUGGGUCGAAAGAGGAAUGAUCGAAAGAAUUCAAGCUGCUCAGAAAAAAAGCAAGGAUACAAACGAUUCCCUAUCCACUGAAGAAGAUUGUCUGCCCUCCAAGAGUCAAGAAUAGUGUCAAUCGAGACAUAAUUAAGAGGAAAGCCAGAGCUGUG